UGGAGGUAAGGCUGGCGGUGGGCGUCCAGGUAGCUCCAGCCCCAGAAUUGGGAUCUAACUUAGGGAAAGCAGCUCCGGGACAUUCCCAGAGGGCUCAGGACUGCUGGAAUAAUCCUGGGGCAAACAACCGCUCGGAGAGCUGGCGAUGAUGAGAGGGAGCUGCUGGGACCACCAGAAAAAGCCACAGGUGACCCAGGACUCAGGACCCAGGAGCAUGAGGCUUGCAGGACAAGAGACAGCUGGCCAGCUGCAGGUGACUCUGCCGUUCACACCCAAUGGCAGUGGGCUGAGCCAGGAGUUUGAAGGCGAUUGGCCGGAGAUCCCAGAGAGGUCCCCAUGUGUGGCCGGGGUCAUCCCUGUCAUCUACUACAGCGUCCUGCUGGGCCUGGGGCUGCCUGUCAACCUCCUGACCACAGUGGCCCUGGCCCGCCUCGCCGCCAGGACCAGGAAGCCCUCCUACUACUACCUUCUGGCGCUCACGGCCUCGGAUAUCAUCACCCAGGUAGUCAUCGUGUUCGUGGGCUUCCUCCUGCAGGGAGCCGUGCUGGCCCGAAAGGUGCCCCAGGCUGUGGUGCGCGCGGCUAACAUCCUGGAGUUUGCUGCCAACCACGCCUCAGUCUGGAUCGCCGUCCUGCUCACGGUCGACCGGUACAGCGCCCUGUGCCACCCCCUGCACCAUCGGGCCACCUCGUCCCCAGGCCGGACCCGUCGGGCCAUCGCUGCUGUCCUUGGUGCUGCCCUGCUGACUGGCAUCCCCUUCUACUGGUGGAUGGAUGUGUGGAGGGACGAGGACCCCCCCAGCACACUGGACAAGGUCCUCAAGUGGGCUCACUGCCUCAUCGUCUAUUUCAUCCCUUGUGCCGUUUUCCUGGUCGCCAACUCGGCCAUUGUCUGCCAGCUACAGAGAAGGGGCCAGAGUGGGCCUCGGCCCCGGGUGGGCAAGAGCACCGCCAUCCUCCUGGGUGUCACCACGCUCUUCGCCCUCCUUUGGGCACCCCGGAUCUUUGUCAUGCUCUACCACCUGUACGUGGCCCCCGUCUACAGAGACUGGAGGGUCCACCUGGCUUUGGAUGUGGCCAACAUGGCGGCCAUGCUCAACACAGCAGUCAACUUUGGGCUCUACUCCUUUGUGAGCAAGACUUUCCGGGCCACUGUCCAAGAGGUCAUCCAUGACGCCCACCUGCCCUGCACCCUGAGGUCACAGCCAGCGGGCAUGGUGGCGGAACCUGUGCUGAAGCCUGCAGGACUCCCCAGAGGGGCAGAACUGUAGAGGAGGAGCCCGUGCAGGGAGCUUGGGGUGGCUCACUGCCAGAUUACUGGGGUCCUUGUGGUUGCUGCCACAAAAUGUUAUCAACACCCUACUUGGCAAUCUGGGGAUGGAAGGAGAGGCUCCUUCCUUCAGGGGUGGCUUCCCAGGAAGCUAAAUUAAUGUUGGUUGAAUGAAUGAAUGAAUGAAUGAGUGAAUGAAUAGAUGGAUGGAUGGAUGGAUGAAUAUGAGUUGUUUCCAGGCCACCCCUUCCUGGAGCCCACCUCUCAUUCCCUGAGUUGAUUACUUCUCUGGCUUCUAGUUGCAAUGCCAGGGAGAAAGGGAGAUGUCCGCAGGAUUCCAGGCCUUUCCUGGGCUGCGGGAACCAAAUGCAGGGGG